AUGGUACAAGUGAAUAAUCAAGCCAAUCUCAUCGAUCAUCGUUCCUUCUUUUCCACUCAUGAGAAUCAUAAAAAACUUUCCGAAAAUCAAAAACUUCGUCUCAUGGGAGUCAUUGAUAAGAAUGUUGAACAAUUGAAAAUUCUCAAUAAUUAUAUUUAUCCAAUUAAAUAUAGAGACUCAAUUUAUGAACAAAUAUUGCAAAGAGGGCCAGAUUUUAGUUCGUUUGCCAUCUUCAAUGAUAUUGCUGUUGGAAGUUUUUCAUGUCGAAUUGAACAAUAUAAUAAUGAUAAAGCAAUAUAUAUCAUGUUAUUGGGAGUAUUACCAAAAUAUAGAAAAUUAGGAAUUGGUAAACAAUUGAUGGAGAAAAUAUUUGAUAUUGCUAAACAAAAUGGAAUUUCAACAUGUUUUCUUCAUGUACAUACAGCAAACGAAGGAGCUAUUAAAUUCUAUGAAAAGUUAGGAUUUACAAAGCAAAAGACUUUGGAGAAUUUUUAUGCCAAAGAUGAUAUUGGUUCAUUGCCAACCAGAGAUGCCUAUUUGAUGGAAGUGAAAUUGCAAUAG